GCCAACGCCACUGUGACGACAGGCGCUGCGGAGAGUUCGGGGAGCGCUACAGCUGCCAAGGCUGCGCCGAAGGCGCCGAGCAACCAGCCCACUACGAAGGGCGACGUUGGGAAGGGAACAGAGAAGGGCGUCAGAACGUUCCUUGAGGGAGCAUACUUUGCGAUGCCCAUGGUCGCACCUUCCUUCGUUGAGUCGGGAGAGAAGAUCUAUUGUUGUGUGGUGGACAUGUCGGUCUUCAUCAUCAACAUGAACAUUGAGAGCAGUAUGAAUAUGAAGAAUAGCCCAACGUCCACCACACAAAUCUAUUGGCUUCUCGACUCUGGGAGCUCGUACCAUGUGGUUUCCCAGGCGACGCUUGAGAGUGGACACGUCAAGGUUUUGUCGAGAAAGAAGCGACCGAAGACUGUGUGCCAGACUGCCACUGGCGACCUGGUGGAAGUGGGAAGCGACACCCACGCGACGAUCGAGGUGAAUUUUCUCACCACUCGACACUUUGAGCAGCGAGGAGGAGUUCUGAGCACCUUUGCGUGCACCUGUCGUCUAGAAGCGGUAGUUAGCAGCGAAAUCAAACACAACCUGAUAAACCUCAACCUCCUCUGUUGGAGAGGCUGGAAGCCUACCCUUUACCGGGGUCUCUUAACAGCGGAACGUAAGGAGGUGACGCUGCUUCCAGCAGUGUUCGGCGACUGCACAUGGCUUCAGAGUGUGAUGGCUGAUUCUUCCGCGAAGCUCACGCUUGCGAGUGUCUCGUCGUCUUGCGGUCUGUCGAGUGGUAGUUUUCGCACGAUGAGCAUGAUUUUUCACAGCAUGGGCAUGAUUUUUCACGACAACAGCAUGAAACAACGCAUGUUGAACCGAGUGUUUUGCCACAUGCUUGCGAGGACUCUGUUGGGCAGAGUGCAGUUGGUAGGUCAAUCGUCUUGCGGCAGCCCUGGAGUGCAGUUGGUAGGUCAGUUGCCUGCUAGAGUGGUAAAGCUUUUGCAAUCGAGUGCCGUGGAUCCAUCUUCUUCACCUUUGCGCUCGGGGACCACAUCUUCCGAUCGAGGCCAGUGGGUGCAGCCAGUUUCUGUAGUGCAACCUGCGUGCAGUGAUUCUGAAGAGCGUUUGCUUGGCAUGCAUGGUCGGUUGGUUGGUCGGUCGGUUGUGCAUGACGGUGUGUGCAGUUCGAGCGACAAUGUAGGUGAACAGAGGGUUUCCGCAGAUCGCCAAGGCACAAGCUUGAGCCUUAAGGGUUUAGCUGAUGAAGGCCAGUGCGAAAAAGGGCUGGACAGGCCGGGCGGAAGCAAUGGAGAUAUCCUCCGACGAGGAGGUAGGGGGGCCACCUGCCCCAAAGGCGACGGGGGUGAGCCUCGCGGACCGGGUCAACAGCUUCAGUUGGACCCCUCCUUAUAUUGCCCCAGAGGGGAAGUGGUCAAGCCCUCAGGCCCUGAGCCACAACAACCGCAACUUCUGCGAGUACUGCAUGAUCUGCGGGAAACACGCGACGGAGGCUCAUUUGAUGUCCGACAGCCACAAUCACCACAUGAAGUCGUGGAUCGCCAGGAACCGCCCUGGUUUGAGGCUUCUACCGGACAGGCUUUCCGAUCCCGAAAGGAUCGAUUUGAUGAUCUAGUUUCGUAUGCCGGACUUGGCCGAGCCCGAGAUCAAGAAGGCGAGGGAGCUAGUUCUCCAACUGGCUUGGUUCAGCAACCAACCGGCGAAGGCGGAUGCCCCAACUUUGCCGCCAGAGGACGACUCGGAAGCCACAGCCAAAUCCAGCAAUGCACUUCCGGGAAUCUGGGCGGAACCAUCAGAGCCUCCGCGAGCCGUGUGCUUCCAACACAGCCAGAGCCGCGACGGGUGAAGGCCAGGAGGCGGCCUUGGCCAGACACUCUGGGAGUCCAGCAGCGCUCGACUCAACAACUGGAGGGAGCGCGGGCAUUAACUCCACUGAGCGAGGGAGUGGCAGCUCAGGCCGUUUUCGGGUCACCUGUCAAGACACCACCAGGGUGGACGCCUCCGAAUUCGCCUACGGACUCGGAGGACUGGGGUGCCUGGAAGCCAGCUCAGGCUGGCCGCGGGGAUCUACGGCCAAAGACACCUCCCAAGUCGGUGGAUCCGAAGGGGCUCGGGUCUAUGAUGCCCAAGACGCCGCCCAAGACGGCGCCAUUGGAGGCACUUGCGGAGGAGGACACCGAGAUGGCCGAGGACACAGGGAUGGAGCAAGAAGCGCCAUCGCCACCCAACGUGUCGCCGAGUGUGCCGCCUCCAGCACCUCCGCCACCACCGGUUUCGGCUCCACCAACAUAUUCGUGGGUGCCGCGCAGCUACCCACCUCCGGGUGCAGUGCUGAGUUCGCCCAGCGGCGAGAGCUUACACACGAGGAUGAGGCUCGGGAUCUGUACGGAGGCAGAAGCAGACUCCUGGAGGAUUGCAGCGGAGAUGGCCACAGAAUCUCGGCGAGUGCGUCCGCGCACCGCAUUGCCGAUCCCACCUCCUGCUCCUUCCGCGAGCCGGCCUACUUCAAGCCCAACGGGGAGCGUUCUGGGGCCACCGCUGGCACCACCACCGGCACCUCCAUCGGGAACGUGGGUUAUCAACCCGCCGCCACUUCCGCCAAGGAGAUCUUCUCGCAGCCCGACCCCGUAA